AUGCAUUUCACCACGUCCUUGGUCUGCCUGCUGGCUACAUGUUAUCCUUCCGCUGCUCACGCAACGACCCGACCAAGAUCCCCCUUCACUAGGUCCUUGCAGGUCCGCCAGAACGGCGGCAAUGGCCAAUUGGAUCCAAAUGUUGUCCAGCAAGCGUCGUCCAGCGACGGCGGACCUUCGGAUGGGCAGGCACCAUCCGCGACAGACAACGACAACUUUAUCAACUUUUGCCAGGGCCAAGACCUUACCAACGGCGAGCAGAAGCAAGGCGGCUCCUGCAAUGGAAUCCCAAUGGGCAAGAUCCCCUCAACGAACCGCAUGGUGUCCGCCAUCUUCACAAGCCCACAGAACGGCGACAUCAUUGCCUCUGACACAGGCUUCACCAUCUCGGUCCAGAUGCUGAAUUUCGCCCCGGGCACAUUCACGAACCCAGACAACACUUACUAUGCGGCGCCUCAGGACCUCGACGGGAACGGCAAUAUCAUCGGACACACCCACGUCACCGUCCAGGACCUGGGCGGCGACCAGAACCCGACCACGCCCCUCGAUCCCACGACCUUUGCCUUCUUCAAGGGCAUCAACGACCAAGGAAAUGGACAGGGCCUCCUGUCUGCCGACGUCACCGAUGGCCUGCCCGCGGGCAACUAUCGCUUGUGCAGCCUGGUCGCCGCCGCGAACCACCAGCCCGUUAUUAUGCCCGUCGCCCAGCGCGGUGCACAGGACGAUUGCGUGCGUUUUACCGUCUCGGAUGACGGAGGCAACGACGGAGGCGACAAUGGAGACAACAACGACAAUGGAGACAACAACGACAAUGGAGACAACAACGACAAUGGAGACAACAACGACA